CAGAGAAAUACAAAUAACACAUCCUGCUGAAUCUGAAAACAUAUCAAAGUUUUCAACACGGACAAACUUUAGAAUUGCUUCAGAUAUAGAGGCUGCAAAAGAAGCUAAUACAAUGUCAGUGAAAAAACUCACGAAAGAAAUAAAACAGUUGACUGGAGCUGAACAGGUGACUGAAGCUAAAGCCAUCACUGAAGUUGAACAAGUGAAAAAAGCUGAACAAGUGCCUAAAUCUGAACAAAUGACUGAAGCAGAACUGGUGACUGUAGUUAAACAAGUGACUGAAUUUGAACAAGUGACUGAAGCUG